AUGGAGGACGUCGUCUCCUCCCGCAGCCAUGACGGGAGCGAGGGACGCCUCCCCACCGGGCUGAGGCGAGGGAGAGCGCUUCCAGUUUUCGGAGCGCGCGGGUUCCCCCGCCGCCGGCCUCUGGGCCCCCGGCUCCCACCCCAGUCGCCGCAGCCCCUGCCCGCUCGGCCCUCACGGGGCUCCCAGACACUGGACAGGGAGGGCGUGGGGGACAUCAAGGCCGCGGCGAUCCUCGGGCGGCGUCGCUCGCAGCCGCUGCGGGGGCAGGCGGCCCGGCUCAGGCCCUCGGGCCGCCCGUGGCCAAGCCGAGGGGGGUGCGGCGGGCACGCGAGUCUGCGACCUGACUCUCACGGGCCGGGCCGGAGUGGGGCCGGGGAAGGAGGAGGGAGGGCGUGGGGGGCGGGGCCUGCCGGGCCGCGCCGCGACGCCGGGGCCGCAGCGUCCGCCUCCUCAACCGUGCUGAAGCCGGGACUGGACGGAGCGGAGUUGCGGUUGUUGCCCAAGGGGGGGGGAGGGCUGGGGGCGGGGAGGUUCGUUCCGCGGAGCCGCAGCCAGAACCGGGUGAGGCUUGUCCCCGCCGAGUCUCCAGCCCAGGACCGCCGACAGUGGGGGUGGCCGGGAGCGGCGCAGCCUCCGGAGGCGGAGGCGGAGGCGGAGGCGCCGGGAGGCGGAGAUGGGAUCAGGAAUCGCCUUCAGGCCAGUCUGGUGGACGUGUGUCCGAAGCUGAGGAGGACCGCGUCGCCACUGUUCUUUGGCAUAGAUAAAUGUUCAGCGGGAGGAUUAGACUUGACUGAACAGACUCCUGUUUUAUUAGGGAAUAAAGCCAUGGCAGCUAGUUUCAUGGAUGUAGCAUUUGGUGACCCAGCUAGUCCUUUAGUUAAUAGAUCUAGAAACUCGUCAGUGGAGGAUGAUGAUGAUGAUGUUGUAUUUAUUGAAUCUAUACGACCUCCUUCAAGUUCUGCUCCAGUAAUAGCUGAUCAAAGAAAUUUUAUAUUUGCUGCAUCAAGAAAUGAAAAGCUACAAGGAAAUUAUUCCAUAAUUCUUCCUUCCUCAAGAGAUUUGGCUUCUCAGAAGGGAAGUAUAAGUGAGACAAUUGUCAUUGAUGAUGAAGAGGACAUGGAAACAAAUGGAAGGGAAAAGACAAUUUCUUCUAGUUUUAUUGAAUGGGCACUCCCUGGAAGUAAAAACAGAACCAAAGAUUUGGAUUUCUCCACUUCCAGUCUUUCAAGAAGUAAGACCAAGACUGCAGUAGGACCUUUUAAUCCUGGUAGAAUGAAUGUGGCAGGAGACGUAUUUCAGAACGGAGGAUUUACAGCUCAUCAUAGUCCUGAUUCUUGGAUCUCCCAGUCAGCAUCCUUUCCCCGUAAUCAGAAACAGCCAGGGGUGGAUUCUUUAUCACCAGUGGGCUCGCUUCCUAAACAGAUCUUCCAGCCUUCUGCCCAACAGCAACCCACUAAACCAGCUAAAAUCACUUGUGCAAACUGCAAAAAGCCUUUACAGAAGGGACAGACAGCGUAUCAGCGAAAAGGAUCAGCUCACCUCUUCUGUUCUACCACCUGCCUCUCUUCCUUCUCUCAUAAGCGUACUCCAAAGAAACGCAAUGUGACAUGUAAAAAAGGUGCACCUGCAAAAAAGGCUACUCUUGUUCCUCAAGGGGAGUCAAGUGAAUCCUUCCAAAAAUUUUGUAGUACAUCUUCGUCUCCCUAUGAAGAUAACCAGAAUCUUCGAAAAAGAGUUCUGAAUAAAUCAAGAUGUACAGUCUGCAGUAAACUAACAGAGAUUCGGCAUGAAGUCAGCGUUAACAAUGUAACACAUAAGCUGUGCAGUAACCAGUGCUUUAACAAGUACAGGUUGGCCAAUGGUCUAGUGAUGAAUUGCUGUGAGCAGUGUGGGGAGUACCUGCCCAGCAAAGGUGCUGGAAACAAUCUCCUAGUCAUUGAAGGUCAGCAGAUGAGAUUUUGCUGCCAAAGUUGUGCUAACGAAUAUAAACAGAUGAUGGAAACAAACUCAAAAAAAGUGCUAGCAUCAGAAAACAGGAAAAGGAAUGCUGUUAGAGAAGAAAAUGAAAGAGAAUUGUAUGGGUCAUUGAAUAUACUUUUGGAAAAAAUAGAAAGAAUACCAGUGAAAAAGGAAAAGACUUCAGAACUACAAGUUUCAGCAGAAUGUAGCCAAGAUACAUCAUUGGUCCAACAGGAUGUGAAUUUACCUCCUUCUGUGUCAACCAUAGCUGAUAAAUUUCAAGAGCAACUGGAAGAGAAACAAUCAGAAGACUCCAUUAUACCAGCUGUGCUUUCUGCAGAUCCAGGUACAUGGCCCCGAGUUUUGAGUAUUAAAGAAAGGGACACUCUAGUUGAAAAUGAUCCACCUCAAGUGAGAAAUUUUAAUUUUCCAAAGGACAGUACUGGGAGGAAGUUUUCAGAAACUUACUAUACAAGAAUUCUUCCAAAUGGUGAAAAAACCACUAGAUCCUGGUUACUUUAUUCGAUCUCGAAAGAUUCUGUGUUUUGUCUGUAUUGCAGACUCUUUGGGGAAGGAAAAAAUCAACUAAAGAAUGAGAAUGGGUGCAAAGAUUGGCAGCAUUUAUCCCAUAUUCUUAGCAAACAUGAGGAGAGUGAAAUGCACAUCAACAAUAGUGUUAAAUAUUCAAAAUUAAAAUCUGAUUUGAACAAAAGUAAAACUGUGGAACAUAGAUUACAGGAGAAAGUGGGAAAGGAGGGUGUGAAGCUGUUGUACACCUUAGACCCGAUCUGACAUGAUGAGGUCACACACUUACUCAGACCUGUACCCUGACAGUCAGGUGCCUCGUGCUGAGGCUCCCAGACGGAGUGAUUCAUCAGCUCAUUAGCAGUAAGUAUCAUAGCAAGUAGCUAGUAAAGAUGGUUUCUGCUCCAGCUUCUAAAGCUAAUUGGAUUUGUAGUGAUUAAUGCCGAUUUCAGUGAAGGCAAUUGUUGAUCUUUUCAGUUUUUCAAUUCACACCUUUUAAAAUGGGCACUUCAGGACUGACAUUUGACUGGUGUGGCUAAUACUCUGAAAGAAGGAGGGAAAGACUUGAAUUUAUCAGUACCAGUCGAACAAGGUACUUAUGUGAACAAGCAUUGUUACUCAGAAACAGAACGGGGAUCUGAAACUGCAGCUUUUUGCUAUUAAACCAAAUACUUAUGGUUUAUUUCAUUUGGGCAAAAUGUUAUUUUAUUAUUUGAGCAAAGCAGCAUCAUUUGUUAUGUUAAAUAGAUUAAAGUGGUGAAUUUGUGUUUUAUUGGUUUUGUUUUGUUUUAACUUAAUUUGUAAAUGUUUUAGCUUUUAUUGUCAUGUAAAAACUAUAAGCAUAAAGAGUGUAUACCUAUUUUUAUGU